UAAAUCUUACUACUUGGCUUUCUUUUGGGCUAUAUGCUCUUUUUAGCUUUCCGGUAUCUUCGUGGUCAAAUAAUAGUAAAAAGGUCGAAUUUAUUUAUUUAUUUUUGGUGCUUCAGCCACGAGUCGAUUACAAGAAGUACCUUCCUUCUAUUAGUAUCUGAGCAAUUAUGGCGAUUUUGGUUCUCGCUGAUUUCUGUUUUUUUUUUUUUUUUUUUCCUGGGAUUGGGGGCAGACCUCAGAAGCUUUACUUCAGGGGGCUUUGAGUUCAAAAGGGUCUGCGCCAAUUUUCUGGUAGAUUGUGAUCCAAGAGAAUAAAGGGCGAAUUGACGCCUUAAUCUGAUAAUUAGGCUGUGAAUUCACAAGGGUUCUAUUCGAUUUGCUGAAUUCGAGAGGUUAAAAGUUGAAUCAGUGGAUUUAUCCACAAAUUAGAAAGGUUUGUAGGAUUCCACUAAAUGUUUCUGACGGCUCCGUCAAUUGAGAAUAGGGGUUGUGAUUCUUCAGCUCCUCUGGAAUGCAUCUUAAAUGUAGUCAGAGCCCUCAGAAUGGGGUCCUGCUUGUCUGCCGAAAGCGGGAGCCCACUCCCUGAUUCGCCAUUAUCCCCUGCAGUAGUCAGGAAGCGAAAGAUCUUAAAAAAAAGGCCAGGCUCUCGGAAAUUUUCCUUCGAGCAUCGGAGGGAUGAACCAUUGCAUAGAAUUCCAGGGAGGAUGUUCUUAAAUGGGUCUAGUGAAGUGGCGUCUUUGUUUACUAAACAAGGCAAGAAAGGGACCAACCAGGAUGCCAUGAUUGUUUGGGAGAAUUAUGGUUCCAGAACAGACACAUUUUUUUGUGGUGUUUUUGAUGGCCAUGGUCCGUAUGGUCACAUUGUUGCAAAGAGAGUGAGAGAUUCACUACCUCAGAAACUAAGUGCCCACUUGGAAGUGAACAUGACUGGUGAAAAUGUUCUCAAAGAGAUCAGCCUUAAUACUGCUGGAAGCAUGAACUUGGAAGAUACUCACUUCAUAUCUGCUGGUGAAGAAUCUAGGGUCUCUGUUGAUCUUCAAGAAGCAGAAAAGCAUCCUGAGAUCUUUCAGAUUCUCAAGGAUUCAUUUCUGAAAGCUUUCAGAGCCAUGGACAGGGAACUGAGAGUGCACCCACAUAUUGAUUGCUUCUGUAGCGGGACAACAGCGGUGACUCUGGUUAAGCAGGGUCAGGAUCUUGUCAUUGGAAAUGUUGGGGACUCCAGAGCAGUAUUGGGUAUGAGAGACAAAGAUCAUUCUCUAGUUGCAGUUCAGUUGACUGUGGAUCUCAAACCAAGUCUUCCAGAGGAAGCGGAUAGAAUCCGGAAGUGCAGAGGGCGUGUUUUUGCUCUUCAGAAUGAACCUGAGGUUGCUCGUGUCUGGCUGCCAAAUAAUAACUCCCCUGGCCUUGCCAUGGCUCGUGCAUUUGGAGAUUUCUGCCUAAAAGAUUUUGGUCUGAUCUCUGUGCCCGAUAUAUCUCAUAGGCACAUCACCGAGAAGGAUGAAUUUAUCGUCUUGGCUACAGAUGGGAUUUGGGAUGUGCUAUCAAACGAAGAAGUGGUAGACAUUGUUGCAUCAGCCCCAGCACGUUCCUCUGCGGCUCGGUUCCUUGUUGAGUCAGCAAUUCGAGCUUGGAGAUAUAGGUAUCCAACUUCUAAAACCGAUGACUGUGCUGUAGUUUGCCUCUUCCUCGACACAAACAGGACGUCUGCUGCUUCUAAUACCAUGUUGAAAGAGCAGCUUACUUUUGUGGAUCAGGCUGAGGCUUGCAGUGAGAAAGAGGAGCUCUCCAACCCAACAACUUCGGAUUGUAUAGGAACAAUCCAAACUGGCAGUGAAACUCUGGAAAAGGAUGCAAUGAAAAGGCCUUAAAGCCUAAAGGAGGAAGAAAUGCAUAUAGGCGCUGGAAAAGAGUGGUCUGCUCUAGGAUUGUCUUGUGUAAAACACGUUAUCGAAUCUGCCUAGGUUUGUGCCAAGAAAGGAAGAGAAGGAAGAUGACUACCUUUGUCUUUGAAGAUGGUGACCUUUUUUCCUUGUUAUUGUUUAGUUUUUAAUUUUCUACAGAAAGGUAAAAAUAUUUGUAGGGUCAUUGAUGUUACAUCCGGAGAGGUGGGCCCGGCUAUAUUAGCGCGUCUGGUUAAAGUUUCCUCCGUCUCUUUUGGGUGGAAUUGGAAUUUUGUUAAAAAUCCAUCUAUACGCCAUUUUUCUUUCAAUUUUUUUAUAACAAUACAAUGAUUUGUUGGUGAUUGUAAUGUUGAUAAUAAUUCUGUGGCAUCCUCCUUUUAGUGCGA